AUGGAGCAGUCUUUGUGCCAUAGGAUUGCAUUGGUCUAUAGAGAGGAGCUGACCCAUAUCAUUACAAUGACGGGGCCACUGCUGGUUUCUCGAAUCUUCAACUAUCUUCUGCCGUUUGUGAUGACCAUGUUCUGUGGGCGUCUGGGUAAUGAGGUAAUGGCUGGAUAUGGCCUGGCUUGUGCGACAAUCAAUGUUACUACAGGAGCAACAGGAUUUGGUCUAGCAAUGGCUUGUGAUACACUGGUGUCUCAGACUUUUGGGGGUAAGAACCUGUUGCGUGUUGGAGUGAUUCUGCAGAGGGGCAUUCUCAUCCUGAUGCUCUUCUGUCUGCCCUGCUGGGCCCUGCUCAUCAACGCAGAGGCCAUCCUCCUCUGUCUGGGACAGGACCCCGGGGUUGCCAGAAUAGCACAGCUGUAUAUAACAUACUACCUCCCAGCUGUACCCGCAAUGUUUCUCCACCAACUUCAAGUGUCCUACCUGCAGAACCAGGGUAUAACACUGCCUCAACUAUAUACUGCACUGAUGGCAAAUAUUGCUAAUGUUGGAACUAACUAUAUCCUCCUGUACUGGCUGGGUCUGGGGGUAAGUGGGUCUGCGGUGUCCAACACUCUGUCUCAGAUUUACAUAUGUGUUUUUCUAUUUGCUUAUAUUCGAUGGAAAAAGCUUUAUGCAGCAACAUGGGAUGGUUGGUCUGUGGAAUCACUGCAUGAGUGGGGCUCCUACAUGAAACUGGCCAUUCCCACUACAAUGAUGAAGUGUUUUGAGUGGUGGGUUUAUGAAAUAGGAGGAUUUCUUGCAGGAAUGUUGAGUGAGCAUGAACUGGCUGCCCAACAUGCAGUUAUGAUGGUGACAUUAAUAACAUACAUGUUCCCUUUGGGUAUUCAAGCUGCAGCCUGUGCUCGAGUGGGAAAUGCUCUCGGAGCAGGAGACACUUCUAGGGCUAUUCUCACCUGUAAAAUCUCUCUCACACUUGCAGCUAGCGUUGCCUUGAUGGAGGGCAUUGUACUUGGUUCUGCUAAAAAUGUCUUUGGCUACAUCUUUACCUCUGACAAAAAGAUUAUCGAUCUGGUCGCUCAUUUGAUGAAUGUGUACUGUUUUUUACAGUUCUUUGAUGGUCUGGUGUGUGUCUGCACAGGCAUCUUUGUGGGUUCGGGGAAACAGAUGAUCCCAGCUGUGGCUAACCUCAUUGGAUACUAUGGCAUUGGACUCUCCCUCAGUGUGACAUUUAUAUUUGUGGCAAAAAUGAGGAUUUUUGGUUAUUGGUUAGGUCUGUUAAUUUGUGUGAUUGUGCAGUCCACCUUCUUUAUUGUUGUAAUUUUCAAGUUAAACUGGAAGAGAAUGACAGAGGAGGCUUUAAAACGAGCCCAUAAGAACAAUGACACAGGCCUACCACAAACUAUGCCUGAUUCCCACACAACUGAUUGUGCUGACAGACAGAGAGCAGGGUCAGGAGGUCGACUGUCCUCAUCUCAGCUCAUCGUCCGAAGAGGAAUCACUGUUUUAUCUGUUGCUGGACUUUUUGCUCUAGGAAUAACCAUCCAUUUGAUUGUGCCUUUGCCAGAAGCAUAUAAUAGUUCUUUAUACUGGCCCAAUAGUACACAUUACUCUAGUAAUUUUUCAGCUCUAGUCAUUCAAAAUGAUACAAAAAGAUAA